CCUAUUUCGGAGCUGGCGGUUUUGGCGUGCCUCUUGUUUCCCUAGCUGAUUCGAGUGAGGAUUGGAUCUCGCUCCUCCUCGUAGCCAGCACUGAUCUGGUGGUGGUAAACUCUUGGUCGAAGUGGUCGCCGUCGCCGGAGCAGGAGCAUUUUGCCGUUAUUAGCGUGGCUUCUCAAGGCUCGUCGCACUAGGUAAAGGCCAUUGUAGACCGCCACACGACAUUUCCUGAGUCGCAUUUCAAUGAAAAGGUUACGUUGAAACUCACGCUCAGAUCCAUUCAUCGAUCCAGCCAUCAAAACCAAAGGACACUCAUUCAAUAUCCACCAAGUUCAUCGCUUCCCCAGUGCCCCCAUUUCCAACAACAUGAGUGGCGAGGAAUUUCUCCUCAAGUGGAAUGACCACCACAACUCGUUCUUUUCCAUCAUGCAGGACCUCUGUUCGUCAGAAGUCCUCACGGAUGUAACCUUGGCAUGUGGAGGCCAAGUGUUUGAAACCCACAAAAUCAUGUUGUGCGUGUGCAGUUCGUUCUUUCGCUCCAUACUUACCCGGAGACCGGACAAGCACCCGAUCGUCUUUCUCAAGGACAUUCAUCCCAAGCAUCUCGAGCAAUUGCUUCAAUACAUGUAUCAUGGAGAAAUCAACGUUCUCCAAGAGGAUUUGGCUCCUCUCGUGGAGGCUGCUCGUUGUCUCCAAAUCAAAGGGUUAUCCGACGCUCCGGCGAGUAACCAACAGCAACCUCGUCCACCGCGAAGUAACAAUGGUGGUCCCCCUCCAAUGAAGAAGGUCAAACCUUUGACUAAUAUCUCGAAUAAUCACAAACGGAAAGCAGAAUCUCCAAGCCAGGUUGUCAAAUCGAAUAACACGUUCAAGGGCAAACCAGUGGCUGAACACCUGGAGGACAUGGGCUUAAAGGAGGAACACAUGGACGCUUGGAAUGCUCAUUCUGAGGAACCGGACCUCAGUCAAGGCGGAAGUGAAUACGAUUCCGAAGUUUACCAAGACCAAGACGGAGCACCUAUUCAAGAUGAGGAUCACAUUAUGAUUCCAGGAUCACAGGUCGGAACGUCGACUCCUCCGGAAACUCUGGAUCAUCGCGAAACAUCACCUCACCCGGCGGGAUCGACGACGACAACAGCGGCGGGGGGAGCGGGGCAGGCCACGACAGCGACAGCGGGCAGCGGGAGAGCGAGCACUGAAAAGCGACAUGAAUGCAGCUACUGCGGCAAAAGAUUUCCCACCCCUUCUAAGUUAUCCAGACAUUGUUUGAUCCACACCGGAGAAAAGCCUUACUCGUGCGCCAUCUGUAGUAAGGGCUUCACACAGCUCUCUCAUCUCAAGAAUCACAUGAGAUACUCUCAUGCAAGUCUGUUCCUCAAUGUUUCUUUGCCACAACAUCCGAUCUCUCAGCCUGAACUUCCACAAUCUCCCGAACCUCCAGCCUUAUCCCUUCCAGCGUCCAUAAAGGUGACCACGACCAGUGCCCCAUCAGAUUUUGCUAAGGCCGCGUCCUCGCCCAAUUCGGAUUCGGCUUCCAAUGAUGCCUAAGAUGUAUUUAUUUUUGUGUUAAAGCGUUGAACACGCCUGACGGUGACUUGGGAGACCCGCUUUCAAGCAACAAACAACCGUUGGAAUAGUUCACUCACCAACCAAAACGAACAACUUAAAAAUUCUCAGCAAAGUACUGUAUAUUUUCUCUGAAGAAUAUAGAUAUAUCUAUAUGUGCGAAUAAAAUCCAAAAGCACUGAA